AAGGCCGUUAGCUCCCGGUGGAGUCCUCUGCCCAUGGAAGGAACGCUGCCCUCACUUGGGGGCUUUGUCUCCCCAGGAGCCUUCUCCAUGCAGCCUGGUCUCUGGAGAAUUCCUGGCUCCCAAACUUGGCAGCUGGCGGAGGGGGAGAGGCAGUGAGCAGGUGUUCUCUUCACCUCCCUGAAGCACAGCUCUCGGAGGGGCUGCCCCUGCAUUGCUGGCAGCCCGAGGGGGCCCUUGGCAGGGACUGCACGGCCGAGGCCUGGCGCGCAGGGCCGGGUUAUACAGGCUGAGCGGGAGCAAACAGGCAGCCCUGUAAUCUGCAUGACCCAGAUGGGUGCCUCCCUUUUGCCUGCGCCUAUGCUGCUGAUAAGGCCUGUCCGAGGGCCCCAGACAUCCCAGGCCCCAUCAUAGCGGUGGCGCUGUCAGCAGCCCCGGUCGUACCCGCAGCAAAGCGCGUCGGACCCUCGGAGGGUCGCUGGUGAGGGACCGGCAUGCCCUUCCGCAAAGCCGAUGCUGCUACCAGCUUUCUCAGGGCAGCAAGAUCAGGUAACUUGGACAAAGCUUUGGAUCACCUGCGGAAUGGGGUAGACAUUAACACCUGUAACCAGAAUGGGCUGAACGGCUUGCACCUGGCCUCUAAAGAAGGCCAUGUGAAGAUGGUGGUUGAACUUCUGCACAAAGAAAUCAUUCUAGAAACAACAACCAAGAAAGGAAAUACAGCUCUGCACAUCGCCGCCCUUGCUGGUCAGGACGAGGUGGUCCGGGAGCUGGUCAACUAUGGCGCCAACGUCAAUGCGCAGUCACAGAAAGGCUUUACGCCCCUGUACAUGGCAGCACAAGAGAAUCACUUGGAAGUGGUUAAGUUCUUACUGGAGAAUGGAGCUAAUCAGAAUGUAGCCACAGAAGACGGCUUCACGCCUCUAGCUGUGGCUCUGCAGCAGGGCCAUGAGAACGUGGUGGCACACCUCAUCAACUACGGGACGAAAGGGAAGGUGCGCCUCCCCGCCCUGCACAUCGCGGCCCGCAACGACGACACCCGGACAGCUGCGGUGCUUCUGCAGAAUGACCCUAACCCGGAUGUGCUUUCCAAGACGGGAUUUACCCCCCUCCACAUCGCAGCUCACUAUGAGAACCUCAACGUGGCCCAAUUACUCCUCAACAGGGGAGCCAGUGUCAACUUUACGCCACAGAAUGGCAUCACGCCACUGCACAUCGCCUCCCGCAGGGGGAACGUGAUCAUGGUGCGGCUCUUGCUGGACCGCGGGGCCCAGAUAGAAACAAGGACCAAGGAUGAAUUGACACCUCUCCACUGUGCAGCUCGGAAUGGGCAUGUGAGAAUCUCAGAGAUCCUGCUGGACCACGGGGCACCCAUCCAAGCCAAAACCAAGAACGGCUUGUCCCCAAUUCACAUGGCGGCUCAGGGAGACCACCUUGACUGUGUCCGACUUCUAUUGCAAUACAAUGCAGAGAUAGAUGACAUCACCUUGGAUCACCUGACCCCACUCCACGUGGCAGCCCACUGUGGCCAUCACAGAGUGGCCAAGGUCCUUUUGGAUAAAGGGGCCAAACCAAACUCCAGAGCCCUGAAUGGUUUCACCCCCUUACACAUCGCCUGCAAGAAGAACCAUAUUCGUGUCAUGGAGCUGCUGCUGAAGACAGGAGCCUCCAUUGACGCUGUCACCGAGUCUGGCCUGACACCUCUCCACGUGGCCUCCUUCAUGGGGCACCUGCCCAUCGUGAAGAACCUCCUGCAGCGGCGGGCAUCACCCAAUGUCUCCAGUGUGAAAGUGGAGACCCCGCUGCACAUGGCUGCCAGAGCAGGGCACACGGAAGUGGCCAAAUAUUUGCUCCAGAACAAAGCCAAAGUCAAUGCCAAAGCUAAGGAUGACCAGACCCCACUUCACUGUGCAGCCCGCGUUGGCCACACGAACAUGGUGAAGCUCCUGCUAGAAAAUAACGCCAACCCCAACCUGGCCACCACUGCCGGGCACACCCCCCUGCACAUUGCAGCCCGAGAGGGUCAUGUGGAAACGGCCCUGGCCCUUUUGGAAAAGGAAGCCUCUCAGGCGUGCAUGACCAAGAAAGGAUUUACCCCUCUCCAUGUGGCGGCCAAGUAUGGGAAGGUUAGGGUGGCAGAGCUGCUGCUGGAACGGGACGCACAUCCAAAUGCUGCCGGAAAAAAUGGCUUUACUCCCCUGUACGUGGCCGUUCAUCACAACCACCUGGACAUCGUCAAGCUGCUGCUUCCCCGGGGUGGCUCCCCACACAGCCCUGACUGGAAUGGCUGCACCCCUUUGCAUAUCGCUGCCAAGCAGAACCAGAUGGAAGUAGCCCGCAGUCUGCUGCAGUAUGGGGCGUCAGCUAAUGCAGAGUCGGCGCAAGGCAUGACACCUCUUCACCUGGCUGCCCAGGAGGGUCAUGCAGAGAUGGUGGCUCUGCUACUCUCCAGACAAGCCAAUGGUAACCUGGGGAACAAGGGUGGACUCACGCCUCUCCAUCUGGUAGCACAAGAAGGCCACUUUCCAGUGGCAGACAUGCUGAUCAAACACGGUGUCACGGUGGAUGCCACCACGCGGAUGGGUUAUACUCCCCUUCACAUGGCCAGUCAUUAUGGAAAUAUCAAGCUGGUGAAGUUUCUGCUUCAGCACCAGGCAAACGUCAAUGCCAAGACUAAGCUAGGAUACAGCCCCUUGUACCAGGCUGCCCAACAAGGACACACAGACAUCGUGACACUGCUUCUCAAAAACGGUGCUUCCCCAAACGAGGUCAGCUCGGAUGGAGCCACACCUCUGGCAAUAGCCAAGCACUUGGGCUACAUUUCUGUAACAGACGUGCUCAAGGUUGUCACUGAUGAACCCAGUAUUGCGUUGGUCAGUGACAAGCACUGGAUGAGUUUCCCUGAGACAGUAGAUGAGAUCCCGGAUGUCUCUGAAGAUGAAGGGGAAGAACUUGUUGGCUCCAAGGCUGAGAAGGAUUCCAGGGAUGUAGAUGAAGAGAAAGAGCUGCUGGAUUUUGUGCCGAAACUAGACCAAGUGGUGGAAUCUCCAGCCAUCCCGAGGAUUCCAUGCGUCACACCUGAGACAGUGCUGGUCAGAUCAGAAGAGCUGGAACAAGCAUUUAAAGAGUAUGAUGAAGAUUCACUCAUCCCCAGUAGCCCGGCCACGGAGACCUCAGAUAACAUCAGCCCAGUGGCCAGCCCCGUCCAUACAGGGUUUCUGGUGAGCUUCAUGGUGGAUGCCAGGGGAGGCUCUAUGAGGGGGAGCCGUCACAAUGGCCUGAGGGUGGUGAUCCCACCUCGGACGUGUGCGGCACCCACUCGCAUCACCUGCCGCCUGGUCAAGCCGCAGAAGCUGAGCACACCGCCCCCGCUGGCCAAGGAGGAGGGCCUGGCCAGCAGGAUCAUUGCACUGGGGCCCACGGGGGCCCAGUUCUUGAGCCCUGUGAUUGUGGAGAUCCCCCACUUUGCCUCCCAUGGCCGUGGGGACCGUGAGCUCGUGGUGCUGCGGAGUGAAAAUGGCUCCGUGUGGAAGGAACACAAGAGCCGCUACGGAGAAAGCUACCUGGAUCAGAUCCUCAACGGGAUGGACGAAGAGCUAGGGAGUCUGGAAGAGCUGGAGAAGAAGAGGGUCUGCCGCAUCAUCACCACGGACUUCCCCUUGUACUUUGUGAUCAUGUCACGGCUCUGCCAGGACUACGACACCAUCGGCCCUGAAGGGGGCUCUCUGAAGAGCAAGCUGGUCCCCCUGGUGCAGGCGACGUUCCCAGAAAAUGCUGUCACCAAGAGAGUGAAGCUGGCUCUUCAGGCCCAACCUGUACCAGAUGAGCUAGUUACCAAACUCCUGGGCAACCAGGCCACGUUCAGCCCCAUUGUCACCGUGGAGCCACGGCGCCGGAAGUUCCACCGCCCCAUCGGACUUCGGAUCCCGCUCCCUCCUUCCUGGACGGACAACCCACGGGACAGUGGGGAGGGAGACACCACCAGCCUGCGCCUGCUCUGCAGUGUCAUUGGAGGAACAGACCAAGCCCAGUGGGAAGAUAUAACAGGAACAACCAAGCUCGUGUAUGCCAAUGAGUGUGCCGCCUUCACCACCAACGUCUCUGCCAGGUUUUGGCUGUCAGACUGUCCUCGGACUGCUGAGGCUGUGAACUUCGCCACUCUGCUGUACAACGAGCUUACCGCGGUGCCCUACAUGGCCAAGUUUGUCAUUUUUGCCAAAAUGAAUGACCCCCGAGAAGGGCGGCUGCGCUGCUACUGCAUGACGGACGAUAAAGUGGACAAGACUCUGGAGCAGCACGAGAACUUCGUUGAGGUGGCCCGGAGCAGGGACAUAGAGGUUUUGGAAGGAAUGUCUCUGUUUGCAGAACUCUCCGGGAACCUGGUACCCAUCAAAAAAGCUGCCCAGCAGCGGAGUUUCCAGUUCCAGUCAUUUAGGGAGAACCGUUUGGCCAUUCCCGUAAAGGUGAGGGAUAGCAGUCGAGAACCAGGAGGGUCCUUGUCAUUUCUGCGCAAGGCGAUGAAGUAUGAGGACACCCAGCACAUUCUCUGCCACUUGAACAUCACCAUGCCCCCCUGCACCAAGGGGAGCGGAGUCGAUGACAGGAGAAGGACAUUGACACCACUGGCCCUGAGAUACAGCAUUCUCAGUGAAUCAACACUGGGUUUUCUCAGUGGAACUGAUCGAGCAGAUAUGAAGAUGGUUAUUAUAUCAGAAAACCUUGGCCUCAGCUGGGCAGAGCUGGCUCGGGAACUUCAAUUCAGUGUGGAAGACAUCAACAGGAUCCGCGUAGAAAACCCCAACUCGCUGUUUGAGCAGAGUGCAGCCUUGUUGAACCACUGGGUCAUCCGUGAAGGCAAAAAUGCAAACAUGGAGAACCUGUACACCGCUCUCCAGAACAUCGACCGGAGUGAGAUCCUGAACAUGUUGACAGGCUCUGGCAGACAAAGCCGCAAUCUGAAACCGGACCGGAGGCACACGGAGCGGGACUACUCGUCUUCACCCUCCCAGAUGAAUGGUUACUCCUCGCUGCAGGACGAGCUGCUGUCCCCUGCCUCCCUGCACUACGCGCUUCCCUCUCCGCUGCGUGCAGACCAGUACUGGAACGAGGUGGCCGUCAUAGACGCCAUCCCCUUGGUGGCCACGGAGCAUGAUGCCAUGCUGGAGAUGUCUGACAUGCAGGUGUGGUCCGCGGGCCUCACACCCUCUCUGGUCACUGCUGAGGACUCCUCUCUGGAGUACAGCAAGGCCGAGGACUCUGAUGCCACCGGCCACGAGUGGAAGCUGGAGGGGGCUCUCUCUGAGGGACCCCAGGGCCCAACUCUGGGCUCUCUGGACCUUGUGGAGGACGACACAGUGGACUCAGAUGCCACAAACGGCCUUAUCGAUUUUCUUGACCAGGAGGAAGGUCAGAGGUCAGAAGAGAAGCUGCCAAGUCAUAAGAGGCAGGAGGACUCGACAGGUGCAGGGCAGGACUCAGAGAAUGAAGUGUCUCUUGUUUCAGGCCAGCAGAGAGUGCAAGCCCACCUCACAGAGUCCCCCACCGUGAGUCGGGUGAUGGAGAUGAGCCGGGACAGACUGCAGGACUGGGAUGGGGAAGGCUCCAUUGUCUCAUACCUGCAAGAUGCUGCACAAGGUUCCUGGCAAGAAGAGAUCACGCAAGGCCCACACUCAUUCCAGAGAACGGUCACCACCGUCAAAGGGCUGGAGCCCAGUGGGUCUCAGGAGUAUGAGGCGAUCCUGGUGUCUGUGACUGAGCACAUGCAGUCAGAGCAGCCCGAGGCUGAGAGCCUGCAGGCCGACAGAGAACAGAGCAAACAAGGCCAUGGAGAGUGGGUGCAGGAGGUGGAGCACACCUUCUCUCCAGUGGUAAAGGGGAAUGAGCUUCAGAAUAUUCCAGGGGAGCAGGUGACUGAGGAACAAUUCACAGAUGAGCAGGGCAACAUUGUCACUAAGAAGAUCAUUCGCAAGGUUGUUCGACAGAUAGACUCAUCUGGUGCCGAUGACACCCCGGAGCACGAGGAGGUGAUUGUUGAGGGGCCCCCGGAGGAUCCUAGGGAGCUGGAAGCUGAUAUUGAUUACUUUAUGAGACUCGCCAAGGAUCACACCUCGACACCCAACCCUUGAACUCCACACACUCUGCCAUGCACACAGGAGGAGAGCUGGACCGGAGGGCUGCACAAGUAGCGCACAUGUUCCUCUAGGCUAACGGCAUGAUCUCCGUAAGGGACUUCCUUUAGUCUCCUAUUCGCAUGAACGACUGACUGUAGACGCAUGACCUACAGUCUUCAAUCCUGCCUCUAGCGAUGGAUGGAUCUCUGUCGGGAAUCAAGACAAAAGCAGCAAGAAGGGGGGAGAGAGAGAGGGGGAGAGGAAACAAACGCGAGAGCGCAUGAACGCAGAAGUAACAAGGGCUCUUUGUGGCUGGGGAUGAUAUAUUUUUUUAAAUCAUUUUAAUUUUGACUUGUUACAGGGUACUUAUUUUUUCAGCCUCAUCUGUAAGAAAUCUAUGUGGGCUUCCUGGAAAGAAAAAAAAAAAAUGAGAACCAGGCAUGAAAUCAGUUCAGCACCUCUUAAUCCCAUGUCCUCACCCGCCAGCCUUUCCCAUCCCCACACACCUCUACUCCAUUUGUGACAGUCCUCUUCCCCUCCCCAAUGGAUGGCUCCCCCCAGAAUGCUCUACAUGACAUUCAGGACACACACACACACACACACACACACACACACACACACCCUCUCCCCUCAACUCAGUAUACACACAGAUUUUACUGUGAUGUCCGAAGCUGUAUAGAACCUCCUGUGGAUAAACCGGAAUUUUUUUAUGUUGUCUCUCUUUGCCAGUUUCAGUAUUAAUCAUCUUCCAAUGGAAAAUCAUUACCUUUAGAGUAUAUUCGGGGUUCCUUGUGUUAGGGACUUAAGAAUCUGAGGUGAGGACCCCAGGCUUAGUUGUAGGGCUCAAAGGGAGCCAGUGCCCCAUCUGAAAGGGUCUUCUCUCUCAGAUGGUGGCUGUCCCAGGAUUGCACCAGCAUGUUCAAUAGAGAAGAGGUUUUCUAUAUCUUCAAGCACUUAUAUCAUAGUCUGUGUUCAAAGUGUAAACUGUACAGUAAUCAGCCAUGUGUAUAUGAAAUAUAAUAAAUACUAUGCAAACCAAUAGAAACACUUUAGCAGUAUGUGCAAAGCACUAACAGCUCAGCUCCUGAGGACUUCUCCAGGCUGCGGGAGAAGGAGCUACAGCCUGUCUUUCAGUGAAAGAGGAAGGGAGUAGGGCUGGUGAAUGUAACUGCGGGUUGUCAGAAGUCAGCCACCACCCCCAAGGUCUCCCAGAGCGAACUUGGUGCUCUAAAUCCUGGCAGCCCACAGGAUGGGGGGCCUACGCUGGGCAGUCUCAGCGCCCCCACUCUGACCAAGCCCUUCUACCGCCUGAAGAGGCGGGGGAGGGGCCCACUCCUGACCACACUCCCAGGGGAGGGAGAGCCGGAGGAGGAGAGAGCAGCUGACCACUGGAAGCCCUGGGCUAGGAAGCAGACUCCCCCCUAGGCCAGGCCGUCCCCGCCCCCUAAUCAAGGCAGGAAGGAAUCAGACAGCUGGCUGUUCCUCGCCUCGGUGCCACCAAGGAAGAGCCUUAAAGUUACACUAGAGCCUCCGGCAGAGGGAGGCCCGAAUCAGCACAAUCCCGCCCCGCCCCGCGCGGCGGGCGUCCUCCAGGGUCAGAGAGAGACUGCAGGCUCUGCUGGCUGCCACAGAGCCACUGUUCGUGGAUGUCCAGUCACCUUCCUCCCUGCUGCUCUUCUGACUUGUCUUCAGAACACAUUCACACCUUCCAAGUAGCACAGAAGCUCCCUCAGUGUCAGAGCCCCACGGCCUUGGUGCCUGUCGCCGGCCGCACAGGUCCCGGCGGAGAGGGGCAGCCGGGCAGCCGAGCGGAGGAGGGGACCAGGCGCCGCGGAGACCCCGCCGGCCCCGCAGAGGCGCUCCUUUGGGUCCGGGCGGUUUCGCUUUUGCUUUCAGAGGCAGGGGCAGGCCGGGGAGAGGAAGGCCAAGCUCGCGGCCUCAGGGCCCCAGGGCUGCACCCAGGCAAGCGCAGCCUCUGCCUUCCCAAUCGGGCAGGAGCGCAGGGCUUCUCCGCAACAGGCGAUGCGGCUCGUCUGGAGCGCGCGCCGGUCCCCGGGCCCAAGGAAGACAGGCGCAGGUCCCGCCUCCCGCCUCGGUCCUGUACCUUCCUGUCCCAGGCCGCCGCUGCAGCCGCUCCCAGUAGCCCCUCGUAGCGCCCCGCGCGGGCCCGCGGGCCCAGGCUAUGCUUUGGCACCUUCUGCUCCGUCCGGCAUGGCUGCUUGGCCCGGUAGCCCCGGGCCCUUGGCGGCAUGGCUGCUCGCUCUGGUUGCUAGUAGGAGCUGUUAAGGGAGGAGUCUGGGGUCUCCACACGAUGCCUAGAGAAUGCUGCAGUCUGCACAUUAGACGCUUUUUAGAAGUUUUGGAAUUACCUUGAUUUUUCUAAUUGUUAUGAAAAUGAAUCUUUUCUUGACUCCCACAUGCUCUGUAAUUGGGAGAGAAUCCCCCCUGCCCACUC